AUGGGUCUCUCUGAACCUAUGGGUCUCUCUGAACCUAAGGGUCUCUCUGAACCUAUGGGUCUCUCUGAACCUAAGGGUCUCUCUGAACCUAUGGGUCUCUCUGAGCCUAUGGGCCUCUCUGAACCUAUGGGUCUCUCUGAACCUAUGGGUCUCUCUGAACCUAAGGGUCUCUCUGAACCUAUGGGUCUCUCUGAACCUAUGGGCCUCUCUGAACCUAUGGGCCUCUCUGAACCUAUGGGUCUCUCUGAACCUAUGGGUCUCUCUGAACCUAUGGGUCUCUCUGAACCUAUGGGCCUCUCUGAACCUAUGGGCCUCUCUGAACCUAUGGGUCUCUCUGAACCUAUGGGCCUCUCUGAACCUAUGGGUCUCUCUGAACCUAUGGGCCUCUCUGAACCUAUGGGUCUCUCUGAACCUAUGGGUCUCUCUGAACCUAUGGGUCUCUCUGAACCUAUGGGUCUCUCUGAACCUAUGGGCCUCUCUGAACCUAUGGGUCUCUCUGAACCUAUGGGUCUCUCUGAACCUAUGGGUCUCUCUGAACCUAAGGGUCUCUCUGAACCUAUGGGUCUCUCUGAACCUAUGGGUCUCUCUGAACCUAUGGGUCUCUCUGAACCUAUGGGUCUCUCUGAACCUAUGGGUCUCUCUGAACCUAUGGGUCUCUCUGAACCUAUGGGUCUCUCUGAACCUAUGGGUCUCUCUGAACCUAUGGGUCUCUCUGAACCUAUGGGCCUCUCUGAACCUAUGGGUCUCUCUGAACCUAUGGGUCUCUCUGAACCUAUGGGUCUCUCUGAACCUAAGGGUCUCUCUGAACCUAUGGGUCUCUCUGAACCUAUGGGUCUCUCUGAACCUAUGGGUCUCUCUGAACCUAUGGGUCUCUCUGAACCUAUGGGUCUCUCUGAACCUAUGGGUCUCUCUGAACCUAUGGGUCUCUCUGAACCUAUGGGCCUCUCUGAACCUAUGGGUCUCUCUGAACCUAUGGGUCUCUCUGAACCUAUGGGUCUCUCUGAACCUAAGGGUCUCUCUGAACCUAUGGGUCUCUCUGAACCUAUGGGUCUCUCUGAACCUAUGGGUCUCUCUGAACCUAUGGGUCUCUCUGAACCUAUGGGUCUCUCUGAACCUAUGGGUCUCUCUGAACCUAUGGGUCUCUCUGAACCUAUGGGUCUCUCUGAACCUAAGGGUCUCUCUGAACCUAAGGGUCUCUCUGAACCUAAGGGUCUCUCUGAACCUAUGGGUCUCUCUGAACCUAUGGGUCUCUCUGAACCUAUGGGUCUCUCUGAACCUAUGGGUCUCUCUGAACCUAAGGGUCUCUCUGAACCUAUGGGUCUCUCUGAACUAUGGGGUCUCUCUGAACCUAUGGGUCUCUCUGAACCUAUGGGUCUCUCUGAACCUAUGGGUCUCUCUGAACCUAUGGGUCUCUCUGAACCUAUGGGUCUCUCUGAACCUAUGGGUCUCUCUGAACCUAUGGGUCUCUCUGAACCUAUGGGUCUCUCUGAACCUAAGGGUCUCUCUGAACCUAAGGGUCUCUCUGAACCUAAGGGUCUCUCUGAACCUAUGGGUCUCUCUGAACCUAUGGGUCUCUCUGAACCUAUGGGUCUCUCUGAACCUAUGGGUCUCUCUGAACCUAAGGGUCUCUCUGAACCUAUGGGUCUCUCUGAACCUAUGGGUCUCUCUGAACCUAUGGGUCUCUCUGAACCUAUGGGCCUCUCUGAACCUAUGGGUCUCUCUGAACCUAUGGGUCUCUCUGAACCUAUGGGUCUCUCUGAACCUAAGGGUCUCUCUGAACCUAUGGGUCUCUCUGAACCUAUGGGCCUCUCUGAACCUAUGGGUCUCUCUGAACCUAUGGGUCUCUCUGAACCUAUGGGUCUCUCUGAACCUAUGGGCCUCUCUGAACCUAUGGGACUUUCUGAGCUAGACAGAAAUACUGUUGCUGCAGUGCGCCCUGUCAACAUUUUAAAGAGACCCAUCAGCGUAAGCAUAGUGCUCGUGAGGCCGUAA